AAUUUGGUCGAAAUGCCCUUGUCCUCCUCCUCCUUCUUCCACUAAUCUCUCAAGUAAGUCUCUUUCUUCUCUAAUUUCAUCCUCUUUUUUCCUUUCUCUUAAUUUGUUUUGCGGUGCAGAAGAUAUAUCAUUCGAGAUUCUCCCUUGCCGUCUCCAAUUGCCACUCGCCGCUCUAACUCUCUUCGAAUUAGCUGAAAUGAAUGGAGAUAGACCAGUGGAAGAUGCUCAUUACACGGAGACGGGUUUCCCUUAUGCUGCUACUGGCAGUUACAUCGAUUUCUAUGGUGGUCCGGCUCAGGGGCCUCUAAACUAUGCUCAUGCUGGAACUAUGCAUCCUCAGGACAAUCUGUACUGGACCAUGAAUACAAAUGCAUACAAGUUUGGGUUUUCAGGAUCAGAUAAUGCUUCUUUCUAUGGUUCUUAUGACAUGAACGAUCAUUUAUCGAGGAUGUCCAUAGGGAGAACAAAUUGGGACUACCAUCCCAUGGUGAACGUUGUUGAUGAUCCUGAAAUCGCAGUUGCACGUUCUGUCCAAAUCGGGGACACAGAUGAGCACUCUGACGCUGAAGAAUGCAUUGCAAAUGAGCAUGAUCCCGACAGUCCUCAGGUAUCCUGGCAAGAUGAUAUUGAUCCUGAUUCAAUGACCUAUGAGGAAUUAGUAGAGCUGGGGGAAGCAGUAGGAACAGAAAGCCGGGGGUUGUCUCAGGAACUCAUAGAAACGCUUCCCACUAGAAAGUAUAAGUUUGGGAGCAUCUUCUCCAGGAAAAGAGCUGGGGAAAGGUGUGUGAUAUGCCAGCUCAAGUACAAGAUAGGGGAGAGGCAAAUGAAUCUGCCGUGCAAGCAUGUGUAUCAUUCUGAAUGCAUUUCCAAAUGGCUAAGCAUCAACAAGGUUUGCCCAGUGUGCAACAGCGAGGUCUUUGGAGAGCCCAGCAUCCAUUGAUCGGCAGAAGGGGCUCCUCCUCUCUUUUUUCUUUUUGGCUUUUUAUAAUGAGGCUCAUCAAGUAAUUGUUUUAGUGUAGUGAAAACCCAAAAAAUAGUCUAAAAAAAGAUGUCCACACUUUACUCUCUCAUGUUCAGUCCUUCUCUGUACAUGUAAUUUUUCUUCUAGUUCCAUUUUCGGUUGUGUGAGCUUUAAGUUUAACCUUCACUCGUAUUGUAUACCAAAUGCUAAGACAAUUAAAAGCUGAAUCCAUAU